GCAAGCAUACAGUUGUAGCAUACAAGGAGGCUAUUUAUGUGUUCGGAGGAGAUAACGGUAAAACCAUGUUAAAUGACCUGCUGAGAUUUGAUGUGAAAGACAAAUCAUGGGGAAGAGCUUUCACCACGGGAGCGCCCCCAGCUCCAAGAUACCACCACUCUGCCGUUGUUCACGAGGGAAGCAUGUUUGUGUUUGGAGGCUACACGGGUGAUAUCCACUCCAACUCGAACCUGACCAACAAGAAUGAUCUGUACGAGUACAAGUUCGCCACUGGCCAGUGGGUACAGUGGAGGUUUGAAGGAAGACGUCCUGUUGCACGUGCGGCACAUGGAGCUGCUGUGUACAACUACAAGCUGUGGAUAUUUGCUGGGUAUGAUGGCAACGCCCGACUUAACGACAUGUGGACAAUCCCGUUGACGGGCAACAUGGACGUCAGGAGUUGGGAAGAGGUUCAACAGAAGGGGGACAUCCCACCUACAUGUUGUAACUUCGCACUGGCUGUUGCCCGUGACGCCAUGUUUGUGUUCUCCGGGCAGAGCGGUGCCAAGAUCACCAACAAUCUCUACCAGUUCUCUUUCAAAGAAGACAUUUGGACUCGGAUUUCUACAGAGCACAUUCUGCGAGGGUCUCCUCCACCACCGGAGAAGCGUUACGGACACACUAUGGUGGCAUUUGACCGACACCUUUACGUGUUUGGUGGAGCCACUGGACAAACACUACCUCACGAUCUGCAUUGUUUUGAUUUAGAUUCACAGACCUGGUCUAUCACAGAACCAUCACCCGAGAGCAUGGUUCCAGCUGGUCGUUUAUUCCAUGCUUCGGCUGUGGUGACAGACGCUAUGUACGUGUUUGGUGGAACGGUUGAUAACAACGUACGCAGCGGUGAGAUGUAUCGAUUCCAGUUCUCAUGCUACCCAAAAUGCACCCUGCACGAUGAUUUCGGGAAACUUCUUGAAAGCAAACAGUUCUGUGAUGUCUUCUUCAUUGUUGGAAAGGACAAAGAGAGGAUCCCCGCGCACAUUGCCAUAGUCACUGCUCGGUCACCUUGGUUGCAACAGAAGAUUCGUCAAGCAAUAACACUGCUAGAGCAGCAGGAGGAGGCUGACCAGGAUGUUGAAGGAGGUGUGGGUGAGGGUGGGGUAAGACCCCUUGGGCCAGUCUCUGUAGAGAUAGAGGACGCAGAGCCCCAUGCGUUCCAGCUUGUCCUUGCAUACAUCUAUACAGACCGUAUUCAUCCACAUAGCUCAGAGUCGGGACACAGACUGGAUGGGAAUCAGGUCACGUCUCUUAUGAUGGAUGUGUACAGGCUGGCAUUGAAGCUGCACAUGUUGAGGUUGGAGCAGUUGUGUGUCCAGUACCUGGAGGCCUGCAUCAGCACCAGUAAUGUCCUCGUAGCUCUGCAGAAUGCCGCCAGGCUACAGCUAGACUUCCUCAAGGAAUUUUGCCUGAAGUUUAUAGUGAAAGAAAACAACUACAGCGUGAUCAUCAUGACACGAGAGUUUGAGAGCCUGGAGCAGACGCUCAUGGUGGAGAUUAUCCGCCGUAAGGCCCAACAGCCCCAUGUUAGACCCCUCCAGGACCACCAUUAUGACACCUCUGUCACUAACUCCCUGGAGAAGGAUAUGGAGAAUUUCUUAAAGCAAUCGGGUCGGGAAUACUGCGACAUCACACUCGUCCUGGACGGGACGCCCAUCCAUGCCCACAAGGCAAUCCUUUCUGCACGAUGUACUUACUUUGAGUCGAUGUUCCGGUCCUUCAUGCCGCCAACAAAUACCGUCACAAUAGCAAUAGGCGAGAUGGUGCCGUCACGGCAGGCCUUUGACAGUCUAUUACGUUACAUCUACUACGGAGACAUCACCAUGCCCCCUGAGGACUCGCUGUAUCUGUUUCCUGCUCCGUUCUUCUAUGGGUUCACUAACAACAGACUUCAGGCUUACUGUAAGCAUAAUCUGGAGAUGAACGUCACGUGUCAGAAUGUUGUACAGAUUCUCGAGGCAGCAGACCGGAUACAGGCUACUGACAUGAAGAAACACGCCCUCAGAAUAAUUGUUCACCACUUUCCUAAGGUUGCGAAGCUACCUCAAGUGAGAAGACUAAGUCGCGAGCUGCUAUUGGACAUUAUAGAUGCUGUCGCUGAAGAUAUGCCCGAAACACGUCUUGCGCAGGACAUGUCGGCGUGCUUUCUCACGGAUUCCAGCUACUCCUGACUAACUUCCGGGGAUGACAGUAUUUAACAGUUGGACAGGGUCAACUAUUAAAACAGAGGAUUGGCCUUAAACCAAUCAGGACACUUUGGCCAUCUCCACAAUACGAGGAGCAUCUGAUGUCUGCCGUCACAUUACAAAAAGUAGUUCGAAAAAUUAAUAAUGGUUUCAUGAAUUGAUUGUAGUGUUUUAAAGUGUAUUUUUUUUUUCUAAGUCUCAAUUGACUCCCAGUGAAGUGUACUAUUGCAUAAAUCAUUAAGAGUAAAUUCCUUAGGCUUAACUGCAAUAUUGAAAUUUCUAAGGGAUCUACUUGCAGGGUAGUUAAAUGUCAAGAGUUCUGACAUUGUAAACCGUCCAUAAACAUCCAAGGAUGUUUUCAAAGGAAAACGGCCGAGGUUCCCCGACUGCCAUUAAAUUUGUCUGUGUCAUGAAUGUCAUCUCAUUUCUGUCUUUAAGUGGGACAGUCUGUUUCAGUUAGCUAACAGCUGAUCUGAACAAUGCCAAUAAAACAAUAUGAGUUCAAUGUUCAUUCAGAUUUGACUUUGUUGGUUUUUCACCAAUAAAGCUUAAAGGGACUAGACACACAAAAAAAAAAUUGUCAAAAACUUUAAUAGAUUGAUAAUAAGAUAUUGUUAUGUCAUUGCAUUGAAUCUUACUUACUGAUGUAUCACAUUGCUUACAGCAUGUAUCUAUGGCAGUGUUGGGGUAUUUUUCCAACAAAAUUUACUGGGGUUGUCCACCACAUAAAUCCUAUUAAAUUUAAAACUAGUAUUGGUAUAUGUAUCUUGUACUAAUGACGUGACCUUCACAUGUAUGCUAAAUAUACGAACGAUAAACUGUGCUAUUUUUAGACAGGUAAACUCAGCUGAGACAGCAACAAAAUAUUCUUUUAAUCAGGUAAAUUAUUGUAUUAUCAGCCUCAUACAAGCUCGUAUUGAUAAUUCUAGGCUUGUUUUAAUACUGUAAAUGCUGAUUUGUGGACAAUCUGGUGUCUGGUCCCUUUAAUUCUUAACAUAAGGGAACCUGUACCCAUGUUCAUAUGUAUGGCUAUCCAUCAUUUGUGUAGCCUUAUGAUUAAGCAAAUCUAAAUCCUGGUUUUCUUUGCAUUGCUUUGUGUAAACAUUUGAAUGCAUAUCAUGUGGUUUUCAUAUGUUUAAUUACAGCAGUGUGGCUAACAUAUAGUUACAGCAGUGUGGCUUUCAUAUGUUCAGUUACAGCAGUGUAGCUUUCAUAUGUUCAGUUACAGCAGUGUAGCUUUCAUAUGUUUAAUUACAGCAGUGUGGCUUUCAUAUGUUCAGUUACAGCAGUGUGGCUUUCAUAUGUUCAGUUACAGCAGUGUGGCUUUCAUAUGUUCAGUUACAGCAGUGUGGCUUUCAUAUGUUCAGUUACUGCAUAGUGGCUUUCAUAUGUUUAGUUACAGCAGUGUGGCUUUCAUAUGUUCAGUUACAGCAGUGUGGCUUUCAUAUGUUCAGUUACAGCAGUGUGGCUUUCAUUGUCAGUUACAGCAGUGUGGCUUUCAUAUGUUCAGUUACAGCAGUGUGGCUUUCAUAUGUUCAGUUACAGCAGUGUGGCUUUCAUAUGUUCAGUUACUGCAUAGUGGCUUUCAUAUGUUUAGUUACAGCAGUGUGGCUUUCAUAUGUUAGUGGCUUUCAUAUGUUUAGUUACAGCAGUGUGGCUUUCAUAUGUUCAGUUACAGCAGUGUGGCUUUCAUAUGUUCAGUUACAGCAGUGUGGCUUUCAUUGUCAGUUACAGCAGUGUGGCUUUCAUAUGUUCAGUUACAGCAGUGUGGCUUUCAUAUGUCCAGUUACAGCAGUGUGGCUUUCAUAUGUUCAGUUACUGCAUAGUGGCUUUCAUAUGUUUAGUUACAGCAGUGUGGCUUUCAUAUGUUCAGUUACAGCAGUGUGGCUUUCAUAUGUUCAGUUACAGCAGUGUGGCUUUCAUUGUCAGUUACAGCAGUGUGGCUUUCAUAUGUUCAGUUACAGCAGUGUGGCUUUCAUAUGUCCAGUUACAGCAGUGUGGCUUUCAUAUGUUUAGUUACAACAGGUUUCUCUUAUUUAGUGAAAAAGCAGGCUCUUUUACUUGGUAAAAGAGUAGUGCUGUCUAUCAUGGUGAAAGAGCAGGGUUCUCUUACUUGGUGAAAGAGCAGGUUCUCUUGCUUGGUGAAAGAGCAGGUUCUCUUACUGGGUCAAAGAGCAGCUCCGUUUACUUGGUGAAAGAGCAGGUUCUCUUACUUUGUGAAAGAGCAGGUUCUCUUGCUUGGUGGAAUAGCAGGUUCUCUUACUUGGUGAAAGAGCAGGUUCUCUUGCUUGUUGAAAGAACAGGUUCUCUUGCUGGGUGAAAGAGCAGGUUCUCUUGCUGGGUGAAAGAGCAGGUUCUCUUACUGGCUGAAAGAGCAGUUUCCCUUACUGAGUGAAAGAGCAGGUUCUCUUACUGGGUGAAAGAGCAGGUUCUCUUAUUUGGUGAAAAAGCAGGGUCCUCUUACUGGGUGAAAGAGCACGCUCUCUUACUUGGUGAAAGAGCAGGGCUCUCUUACUUGGUGAAAGAGCAGAGCUCUCUUUAUUUAGAAAAAGAGCAGGGUUGUCUUAAUUGGUGUCAAAAAACAUGGCUCUCUUACUUGGUGAGAGAGCAGGGCUCGCCUUUAUUGGUGAAAGAGCAGGGCUUUCUUUAUUUAGAAAAAGAGCAGGGCUGUCUUACUUGGUAAACGAGCAGGGCUCUCUUUAUUUGGAAAAGAGAAGGGCCAUCUUACUUGGUGAAAGAGAAGGGCUGUCUUCAUUGGUGAAUGAAUGAGCACUCUUACUUGGCUAAUGAGCUGAUCUCUCUUACUUAGCAAGAUUGCAAAGCUGUUUUACUCGGUGUGAGAGCAGGGAUCUCUUACUCGGCAAAUAAGCAGUGCUCACUUACUUGGUGAAGAGCAGAGUUCUUUUACUUGUAUAAUGUAUCAUUCAUUUGUAAAUUUCACAAGUUUUGUCAUAAUACAAUCAUGUUUGUUUUUGUUGUAUUCUUUUUUGAUGAAGGUUACAUUCUAGUGCUGGUCAUUAGUUAGCUUAUAUUGUUCUAAAGCAAAUCUAUUUUAAAUUGUGUAAUUCGUCUUGAUAAUCCCAUGGACCAUAGGUUUAUAGGUCUGUGAUAAUCCUUUGGAAAUUGUACCAAUUUGAAACUACCACUACAUUUCCAGGUAGUUGAAAAUAAUGUUAUAGAAAUUAUUUAUAAGCUGUUAGAAGAAAUACUUAAACAAUAUCAAGAUUGAAAUUGUAUGCAUUCAGUCAUAGCGAUUUUUAUGAUGUGCCAAAUAUUUGCGGUUAAGCGUUUUGUAAAUAAAAUGUUAUAUUAUGUAUUUUGCC